AAUGUACCGCGUUGCUUCAUAUCCGGAUAGUUUAGAGAUCUAACCGCGGGGGCCUGAGUCAGCCUCUCUGCCUGUGUGUCAGCUAGCGGAUCCAGCGUUAGCAGGACUAGCCCCCAGCCCUCCCUGAAACGUGUUGGGGUCGCUGCUCAGAGUCCAUGUUUUUAGCUCGCUCCUUGAUCAAGAUGUCAAGUCACAAUCCUUUGCUGAGGCUGGAGCAGCGAGCGGCCGAGGCUGACCAGAUCAUCGAGUACCUGAAACAACAAGUCCAGCUGCUAAAGGAGAAAGCCACCGUCCAGGCCAGUGUCAGAGAAGAGAAGAAACUGAUGGUGGAGAAUGCCAAAUUGAAGAAUGACAUUGAGGAACUAAAAAAACAGCUGCUGGAAAAAGAGAAGAAGAGGGGAGUGCUCGAUGUGACCAUGCCAUCAGGUGAUGCCAGUGUUGAGUGCAUUUCAAAGCCCACACCUCCCAAACCCGCUGGUCCAGCACCCUCUGCCUCCCCUGCUGCUGCUGUCCAGAGCCCCCCUCCCAAAGAUGAGAGCAAAAAGAAGAAGCCAGAGAAAAAAGGAGGGGAGAAAGCAGAAAAGAAGCAGGCAGCCCCCAGCCAAGAAGAUGCCAAGGUGGACGUGUCUCGUUUGGACAUGCGUGUUGGACGUAUAAUCGCAGCUGAGAAGCACCCAGAUGCAGACAGUCUCUAUGUCGAGCAGGUCGAUGUUGGAGAGGCUUCUCCAAGGACAGUAGUCAGUGGGCUGGUCAAGCACAUACCUCUGGACCAGAUGCAGAACCGCAUGGCAGUCUUGAUGUGUAACCUGAAGCCAGUCAAAAUGAGAGGAGUGGUGUCCCAGGCUAUGGUCAUGUGUGCCAGCUCACCAGACAAAGUCGAAAUCCUUGAUCCUCCAAGUGGAGCAGUACCAGGGGACAGAAUUACUUUCCAGGGCUUCCCAGGUGAACCAGACAAAGAGCUGAACCCCAAGAAGAAGGUAUGGGAGCAGGUUCAGCCAGACCUACGCACGGACAGCCAGUGUGUUGCAACCUACAAGGGAGCUGCCUUUGAAGUCGCCGGCAAGGGAGUGUGCAAAGCCCAAACCAUGAGCAAUAGUGGAAUCAAAUAAAAUAACAGAGCUGCUUGAAAUGGCUCAGUGUUUACUUGGCAAUCAUCUGCAGUGAUGACGAUGUGUUGAGAAACAGGAUGAUGGUGAUGAUCGAAAGGAAAUGCUUUGAAGAUGUUCAAUAAAGGGAUUUGCAAAUUA